AGGCCGAGUCAGGCCGAGACUCGAGAGUCGUCCAGGCGUUUUCGGCUAGAAGCAGUCCCUUGGAAACCACCCCGAAGCCCGUCGUCGCUUCACCAGUCUGUUGACGAUCCACCCUUAAGUCCUACUACCGCCAGGACAGCUCCAUCCCUCGUUCGUGAACACCGAGACCGCUUCCCGUCGAUCGUCCCGUAAACCCUCGAAGCAGGAAACCGUGCGAGGAGAACGGAUUUUUGGGACUGAGGCGAGGGGCACAAGCAGAGACAUGGACAAUGUGCAAAUGAUCGGCACUAAAAUCACAGCGAUCAAGGAAUACUUAUAUAAUUUCGCCCGAACGCAUUCACCCACCAGACUAAUGAGCUCUGAGAACACGUACGCCCUCUCCAGGGAGCACUGUAACCUGAAGUAUUCGGACAUCCUGCCGCAAAAUGCCGAAGGUUUUCCGGCGACCAGAGAGUUUCUGAUGAAGGUGGUGGAUAUCCUGCUGGAUUUCAUCAAGUCCACGAACGAUCGUAACGCGAAGGUCCUCGACUUUCAUCAUCCCUCCGAGAUGAUGCGACUCCUGGAUCUUGAAAUUCCUGACAGCGGCUUGACGCUCCAGCAACUCCUCAUCGAUUGCUCCACCACUUUGAAGUACCAAGUCAAGACUGGUCACCCUCAUUUCUUCAAUCAAUUGUCAUGCGGACUCGAUCUCGUCUCGAUGGCUGGCGAGUGGUUAACAGCCACGGCGAACACCAACAUGUUCACCUACGAGAUCGCGCCUGUGUUCAUUCUGAUGGAGCACGUCGUGUUGCAAAAGAUGAGGGAGCUGAUCGGCUGGAGCGGUGGCGAUUCUAUUCUUGCUCCUGGAGGUUCCAUCAGCAACCUUUACGCUUUCCUCGCCGCUAGACACAGGAUGUUCCCUGCCUACAAGGAACGAGGACUCUCGGCCAUCGGCGGCCAGCUGGUCAUGUUUACGUCUGAUCAGUGUCACUACUCCGUGAAAUCGUGCGCGGCUGUCUGUGGACUGGGUACGGACAACUGCGUGAUGGUUCCCUCCGACGACCGAGGUCGCAUGAUUCCUUCGAAACUGGAGGAACUGAUUAUGGAGCGCAAAGCAAAAGGACACAUUCCCUUCUUCGUGAACGCGACCGCUGGCACCACUGUCAUCGGAGCCUUCGAUCCUAUCUCAGAGAUCGCCGACAUCUGCCAGAGACAUAAGCUCUGGCUGCACAUCGACGCGGCUUGGGGUGGUGGACUGCUUCUGUCGAGGAAAUACAGACAUCCCAGACUGACGGGCGUCGAACGAGCCGACUCCAUAACCUGGAACCCGCACAAGCUGAUGGGAGCCUUACUUCAGUGCUCCACGAUCCACUUCAAGGAAGACGGCCUGCUGAUUAGCUGCAACCAAAUGUCCGCCGAGUAUUUGUUCAUGACGGACAAACUCUACGACGUGAAAUACGACACUGGCGAUAAGGUGAUUCAAUGCGGACGUCACAAUGACAUUUUCAAGCUCUGGCUGCAAUGGCGCGCAAAGGGUACAGAGGGAUUUGAGAAACAUAUGGAUCGACUGAUGGAACUUACAGAAUACAUGGUCAGGCGGAUCAAGCAAAUGCCUGACAAGUAUUACUUGAUACUCGAACCAGAAAUGGUGAACUGCUGCUUCUGGUACUUGCCAACACGCGUUAGGAACAUGCCACAUGGUCCUGAGAAGAUCAAGAUAUUGGCAGACAUAUGCCCGAUCCUGAAAGGUCGCAUGAUGCAGGCUGGGACGCUGAUGGUCGGUUACCAACCGGACGACCGACGACCUAACUUCUUCAGGAACAUAAUCUCGAGCGCCGCGGUGACGGAAGCAGACGUCGACUUUCUGUUGGCCGAAAUGGAUCGGUUAGGUCACGAUCUGUAAGAAACGUGUCCGUUCUUAUUAAUUGCGCAAUCAGUCGCGGUCGAAGCAGUCGAUGAUCGCGACAUAGAGUCGAAAGUCAAUCCUCCUGAUAUAUUUAGAGAUUCAUCGGUGAUCAGGAGAACCGCCGUCGCGUUUCAUUACGUGUACAAAAAUCCGGAGGCCAAAACUCGAAUUCGCGAAUCAUGGUUAGCUAAUUUAAGGCGCAGACACCAGCUCUCUUCUUUCUUUCCGAAUAGUCGCGCAAGUAUUUUUGAACAACGAUCGGCACUAAAUUAAUCUCCAUCGAAGAAUUUCGAAUAAUUUCUUCCCAGUGUUAUGGACAGCACUCGCAAAAUUUCUAGAUUUAUUUAAACGACUGCGAAUAGAAAUUCUGAGGCCAAUAACGUUGAUCGAUAGUACAAUUUGUCAAUAACGAUACUUGGUUGGGUAGAGUUUUCGAAUAUUUUUCUUGGCGAGCGGUUGAAGACAGUGGCACACUCGAAAACUUAGCAGGGGUUGCAAUUAAAAAUUAAUGAAGAUAAAUACGUCACAGUACAUUCUUUCGUGAAACAUUUUUAGAAAAAAAAUAGGAAGGUAGUAUAUUUAACUUUUCCAUGUAAAAUUUAUUUCCGUUCCAAAUGCAUGUAAAAUAUGUACAUUUUAAGAUAAUUACAGAUAAAAAGAAUUACAACAAAUCAUAACUAUCCGCGACACCUCACUUCUUCUGAGGUAUAAUUUUCAUAUGACAAAAUUUCAAUAAUUAAAAAAUAUCUGUACUUGCCGCCUUGCACCUUGGAGUGUGCCACUGGUUAAAAAGACAGGUAACUUGAAAAUUCGCUUAACUGGAAACACUGUCGAUAUUUUUAAACAUACUCAGAAUCGAGCGAAGGGAGAGAGUCGGUCAGCAAAUCAUCGUUCGUAGUAGUAUGACAAAUGCUUCUUCAACGUAUUAACAAAAAAACUGCUGAUGAUCGAAAGAUACUCAUAGCACGUAAGUUCUCUAGAUUUGUAAGUAUAACCGAGAAACGAAAGAGUCGAGUUACAGUACUCUAGCGAUGCUUCCGGCCGUAAAUGUUACUAGUUUUCAUUCCUCAGUGCUGUACUGUUAUCACUAGAAUGAAAUAAUGCAGUAGAAUGAAGCAAUUGUAAAAUAGUUGCGCUUCGGUAGAUCGAAUUCAGUUAUGGUUUGAUUUUAGUUUUAUCGAUCGAGAUAUGUUCCACAACUCCAGCCCACUGAGAUAAAAAUGCAACAAUUAGAAUUAAUGGUUGUAUUUAGAUGAGAAUUUGAUGUACUUCAUCAUUUUGUACGUACAAAUUUCGAAGGAGAAUGUAAAGAAAAGAUGGUACACUCUCAGUUUUAUAUAUUUUCGACGCUGUACAGAUUUUGCACAGUAUUUGUUUUAAUCGUUUGAAUUAUUCAAAUUUUAUUUCAUUUUCAUUGAUAUCUAUCUUUUACCUUAUAAGAGUCGUAUCCAUCUUAAAGAUAUAAAUUGAAAUGUUUCUAUAUAACAAAUAUCAAUCUUUCUUGGUUAAAAAGAGGAUAUAUCUUCUUAUAUAUAUUUCAGAGCAAAAUAUUUUAUAGAUCUUAAACAGCAACUUUAUACAAAUAAAUAUUUUUGAUGAGAAAUGAAUUAUAUUUUUGAAUAAUUUCUGAUACAACAUAUUUGCUCACAUAAUAAAUAUAAAACAGCUAACUUCAACUCUGCAUUCUACUUUUUAUAUUCAACCAGAAUACAAUUAGUUCAGUAUUUAUUUUAUUUUCACUUCAUAUUUCCGGUCCUAAUUAACGUAAAGUCUUCAUCGCGGGUAUACCUCUUUCCUUCAAAAUCAAUUAAUAAAGAAAUAUUACUUGUACGAAAUGCUGCACAGUGUCAAAAAUAUAGCGCAAACAAUGAGAGCGUCCUUUUUACAGCUUCUUUCUUACAUUCCACUCUGAAUCUGUUUCUGGAAAAUAAAGUACAUAUUAAACUUUCAUCUAAAUGCACCUAUUAAUGCAAUAAAAUGCGUACUUCUAAUUAUUACUAUUUGAAAAUCUCCGAGGACUGGUCCAUCACGUCGGUUCCAAAAAGGGAAAGGACAGCUCCGUUUCGACUGAAACGUUGACAAGUUCAUGCACGCUGAAAGGGAAACGAAAGAAUAGGAUCGAGAUCGAUCAUGAUACAAUUAAUGCUCUAUUUAAGGUUCACACGGACAAUAAAUCAACUUUAAACUUUCUCAAAUUCGAUGUCGCUGUUCAGUGUUCGCUGGCGCAAGAUGCGACGAACGACUAACAGUGGGAAGAGGUACAAAAUAUUUUUACUUGGAACGGUACACUACGGGGGAUAAUUACGAUAGGAUAAUUAUGGUAUUAAUUAAUUUCGUGUUUAGACGAUAAAUGAAUUGUCGGUGCCGCGCGUUACUUUGUUGAGAGACUAAAAUGAAUUUGUUACUUAUCGAUCGUUUGCGGAUUUAUAAAAGAGAAUGGCCUGCAUCCAUUAUUAUACAAAUCGUACGUAUAUGUUAUUAUUUACUGUUGAAGAGUUUCACCGAAUGGAGAGUACUAUUUAAUAAUAUAUAGAAAACUAUAAAAAAAGAGUAUAAAUGUAUUUAAAAAAAAAAAGUAUAAAUAUAUAAAAAACAAAGCGUAUAUUAUAUAUAUAUAUAUAAAUAUAUAUAUUUAGCGUUGAGAUUUUAAAAUACAAAACACAAACCCAUGAAAGUACAUGCUUUUUCAAGUAUUCGCGCGAACGGUUAUCAUUUAGUUCGUCGAUUACUUUUGUACACUCAUUGUAAUUGGUCCUGAUUGCGUCGUAUCGUCUUCUUAGGAUACUUUUUGGACAACUGUGUCACUCUGUAGCUCGCCAUACAUCACUCGUCAAUUUAUUUCUAUCGAACAGACAAAAAUGAAACCGAUCGUCACUUUUCUUCUUUUUUAGAACUAAUUACGAUACUUUCGCCCGUGAAAGAGAAACGACGAAAGAAUUUCAAUCUGUUCGACAAAAGAAAAAGGGAGAAAGAAAGAAACACUGAAGAACCGAACGACUCUAUAAAUUUCGAUUCACUAGCCAUUGAGUAACAAAGAGAAUGACGAGUCUAGGUCUUAAGUAAAUUACAAGAUAUAUCUAGGUGUAAAUGUUAACGAAGGAUGUAUUUAUUGUACUUAAAUCUAACGAAUUUACCGUUUCCUUUUCCCGUCGACGUUUACCCAAGUCGUCGAUAGACGUUUACCCCGCACGAAACUUGAAACUGAUAUUCUGCGCAGAGAGCACCUGCUUUAGACGAUAGAGAGAAGGGGGAGGGGGUGAGAGAUGUGUAUUUUUGAAAGAAGAAAAACCAGAGGAACAGUCGUCUGACCACGAUACCGGAUACCUGCAAGAGUCAUUCUAUCGAACCGUUGUUAAUUGUCCACAAUUUUAUCGGCGUUGAAAGGUACUGCCAACCAAAAUGGCCGAGUUUGCCUCGUGAUCGCACGUGUUGCCCUAAAAUCGAAGAUAUACCACGCGAGAUAUUCCUAUAAGAAAGAUUGUAUGUCGUUUGUAUGGAUAAAAGGAGUGCGCAACGAUCCUGUUUCCGUAGAGACCUUCAACCUGUAAUUCGCGUACGGCAGGUGUAAGGAUCUAACGUCAUUCGUGAAUGUAAACAUAUCGAGUAUACGAGCAGCCAUGUGGCUGCUGUUGCUCGAGAUUGUUUUCUAUAUUGUUCUUGUGCCCAUUUCAUCUGAGACAGGCUCGCGAAUCGGUCGCUUGUAUUAGGUGAACUGGAAAAUAAUGUCGUUUUUGCAAAUUUUAAAUACUUGUUUAUCAUUCAUCAGCUCAUUGAUUUUUUUCGAUCUGGCAUUGACAAUUUGCACACUAGAUGGUAAAAGGCUAUUGAUAACGGGAGCGAUUAUACAAUUAAUAAUUAAAAAUAGAAAUUUAUAAAAAAUUUGUUUGAAUUUAAUGUAAAAGAAACGACAUUACUUUCCAGUACACCUAAUAUAUAUAUAUACAUAUAUAUGUAAUGCACGCUACAGGCUUGUAAGCACGUUACGCCGAUAUUUGUUAUCGCCGUUGUUGGAAUUCAAUACGAGAAAUAGCCUAGGCACGUUUGAAUUAACAUUGAUUGAGAUACUAUUCCAAAUAAAAGGUUUCCUUAUUUCAUUACUUUUUACAAUAUAACUUUAACUUGCUAAAAUAAUGAAACAAUGAAUUACUAUCGACGUAAUAAAAUCAGGCAUCACUGCUGACAACAACUAUUAUGUUAAACAGUGAAAUCAUUUCGGUUCUUUCACAUAACAUUGUGACAAGUGAAAGACUGAAGUGACUAUUUCAAACUGUUAUAUGUUAUUAUCGCUGUACAGAAAAUUUGUCUAAGUCUUGCGUGGCAUUUCGAUCGCCAUGAUUCGUAUUCAAUUCUUGCGACAUUGUUAUCUUACUGCACUUUACGCUAUUGUAUAUUAUUGUUAUUCGCCGCACAAUUUACUGCGUCGUUACGCGCCUUUGUUUUCGUAACUUCGCACCUUUAAAGCGGCUAGCGACUCGUUAUCAUUAGCGUUAUCAGCACGAUAUUGCACCUUUUUCGAAACGUUACUUCACGCACAUUUCGUUCUAAGUAGCUGCACAACGCACCCGCAUGAUUGAACAGAACUAAUUUCCGUCGUUGUCGUCAGAAUCUGUUGGAACACCGACGAAAUUGGCACAAGCAUAAUUCACAACGGUCAAUUCCUUUCCUUGUGAUUAUACGUCAAACUGACCCGGGGCGAACGACCCUGACCUCAAUAUCGUUAAUUAUUAGUCUAAGUUGGCGACGGAGUAAGGUGAAACAACAACAAAAUCCCACGUCUUCCAUAACGAUGAGAAUAUUAAACAAUUUAGAGAGAGCCUCGCGAACGUCGGGAAACGAAUGUAUCCUUAUACAU